AUGAUACUUGCAAAGUGCCCCAUUUGUCAAGAGUUCCUGGGAUCUGAUGUAAAUGACCACAUAUCAGCCCUCUUUUGUGGUCAUGCUUACCACGCAACCUGCAUCAAGAAAUGGCUGGAAACUUCCUCUACCUGUCCUCAGUGCCGCAUCUUGGUCUUCGGUUCGGACUUGAUUCCGCGGCUUUACUUCUCAUUUAUCGACGAUUUCUCCGAAUUAAAUGGAAAUGUUCAACAGACUGGUUGCCUCCAACCUUCAAAUAUUCAAGAUGUUUCAUCAACACAUUUGGAAAUCGUGAGGCUUCGUGGUGAACUGUCCUCCUUGGAAGCCCGUAUGAAAUUAGCAGAGCGUAAAAUCAAUGAGCAAGCAACCGAAAUAAACACAAUCUCCGAGCUCUACAGGGAGACUAGUGAACUUUAUCGACUUGAACAACAAAAGUGUCUGCAGGCAAGAACACAGCUCUCUGGUUACUCCAAAGUUGUGAAGGAAGCCCAGGAGAUGCAGGAUGAGUGCCUUCAACUGCGCCAAAAAGCAACCGAACUGAAAGACAUUGAGACCUUGGUCCGAUCAAAUGAAAAUGCCGCAAUGGAGUUGAUGCAGAAGUAUAGAAACCAAAAUGGCAACUAUUCUCCUGAAACAAUUUGUAAUCUCUUUCGCUGGGUGGCUAUUCUUCGUGGGGAAUUAUCGGAGACCCAAAACCGAUCGCGGAAGUAUCGUGCAGACGCCCAUCGGCUACGGCGCUCUCAUGCAGCAUCCACCAGACUCGUCACCGAUUUAGAACAGCAAUUGGAGCACUACAAGAACCGUGUGACACAAAUGGAAUCCGAAAUGAUGCACCUACUCAGUCAAUCUGCACGCAGUCCACCAGCUGCAGAAUCGCCCCCUCUCCCCACCAGCUCCACACCUACAAGCGAAUUGAUAGCAACUCCGGGCGCUGGAAACAACCUUGGCUUCAAGCAGUGUCUGCAUUUUAUCGAAAUGUUUACUCCGGAGAUCAACCCUAGAACACCGAAAGGUCUAGUUGGCAGCGUACUACCCGAAAUCACCCAGGUGACACCGCGCGUCAAUCCAUUCAAGUGCGAAUCUACCCCGAAAGUGGAUGAUCAUGUGGAUGCAAGCAAGGGGGACGCGCCAUCUCCCAGGGAGUUCAGUCGUAGGCCUUCCAGCCUUUUCAGGCUCGCCAUAAUGAGGAACUUUAAUAACAGAACCGGGGCCAAUUCAAAAUCCCAACACUGCCCUGUGCAAUGUACUUGA